CGCGUCCUUGACUUUCUACGGAAGGUAGUAGUUUAACCGAUAGAUCGCGGACAGCUAUUUGCGCAAAUAGUAGGUUGAUCUCAUCGCUAUGGGGUUAAUUCCAGACGAGGGGAAGUCUCUCCCUCCUCCGGGAAUUGCGAACGUUAAUUCGGUGUAUCUGGGCAUGUUGGGUUGGUGCACCGCGAUGCUUGAUAAUGGUUUUAAUCAGAGGCCGCCGCUGAGAUCAGGUGUUCAUCGACAAGUUCUUUUGGCAACAAUUGGCUGGUUUUGCGGCUAUCAUGUUUCAAAGUACGCAUCUUACGUUUAUGCCAAAAUGGAUCGAGACGUGGAGGAAUACAUGAAACUCCAUCCAGAGAGAUUUCCACAAAAACAAAAAAGGACCUAUGCCGAGAUCAUUGAGCCAUUCUGUCCCAUCCGCUAAGUGUCAGUGGCUGAUGAGAGGAGAAAAUGAAAGGAAAAGAGGAUGUGAAAACUGUAAUGGCUGGAGAACCCUGUUUGUAAAAACACAUGUAAAUUAAAAAUAAAAAAAUAUAUACAUUUU